CCCCUCGCAGGUCCUGGACGUAGGAGUGCCUGGCUAGGAUGAGAGGGACUGUGUUGGAACUUCUCUCGGCGCCCAGAAGACUUUUACGUGCAGCCGGCCCUCAGUAAUGGUAUAGGUGGCAGUAAAAGAGCCCGAGCCUUUAUUUUACGAACGACUUCAGCUUCUAGGUCUCUUCUUUCUACUCUACCCAUAAAAUGGUGCACUUUCCCUUUAAGACUAAAAUGGUGGCUCGUUAGGAUCAGGACUCCACUUCCGGUGGGGAGGGGGGCGGGACCCCAGCCCGCUCAAGCCGGAAGUGGUUUGAGUUUUCAAGAUGGCGACUCCCUAUGUAACAGAUGAGACCGGCGGGAAGUACAUCGCCUCAACACAGCGGCCUGACGGGACCUGGCGUAAGCAGCGGAGGGUGAAAGAAGGCUACGUACCCCAGGAGGAGGUCCCCGUGUAUGAAAACAAGUAUGUAAAGUUUUUCAAGAGUAAACCAGAACUUCCCCCAGGGCUGAGCCCUGAGGCCACUGCUCCUGUCACCCCAUCCAGACCUGAAGGUGGUGAACCAGGCCUCUCCAAAACAGCCAAGCGAAACCUGAAGCGAAAGGAGAAGAGGCGGCAGCAGCAAGAGAAAGGAGAGGUAGAGGCCUUGAUUAGGACUCUUGAUAAGGUGUCCCUGGGAGAGACAGCCCAACUCCCCAGUGCUCCGCCAGGCUCCCAGGCAGCCCCUACAGCUGCCUCUGACCUGCCUGAUUCUGCUGUCACCACUGAGAAAGCCAAGAAGAUUAAGAACCUAAAGAAGAAGCUUCGGCAGGUGGAAGAGCUGCAGCAGCGGAUCCAGAGUGGGGAAGUCAGCCAGCCCAGCAAAGAGCAGCUGGAGAAGCUCGCAAGGAGGAGGGUGCUGGAGGAAGAGCUAGAGGACUUGGAGCUAGGCCUGUGAGGCCUGGGGAGUAGGGAAUGGACUGCAGAACAAACCACAGGGCUCUCUGGGGUCCAGAGGGGUGUGAGCGGGAGCAGUCAGGAGGGGCACCCCCUCCCAGCUCACUACUUCCACCUCUCAUGGCCCACCUCUGUCCUCCAGAGCACAGUCUCUCCCUCAUUCCUUCCCUCCUCUUCCCAACUCCUGUUUUUUGGACUUUCUCCUUCCCAUUCCCAGUGUUCAAAAUCUCAGUGACUAUCCCAGAUACCUGAUUUGGGUGUCUUGUUUAAAAGAAAAUCAGAUGAAUGGGAAACCUGGGAGGUGAGUGGGAAUCUGGGAGAACCGAGAUGGAGGGUGGAGGAGCAUACCCAGUCUUGGAGUCUUGAGUCUUGGUUCCUGUUCACAGUGUUUAUGAGUUAUUUCCUUGUCUACCCCAACCUCUUUUUCCUUUUUUUUUUUAAGAACAAAAAUAAACUCAAGUAGACAACAUGCA